AUGGCUCCUAUCACCAAGACUCUCGCCCUUGCUGGCGCUUUCUUCGCCUUGACUGGCUACUCGGCUCCCGUUGCCAAACGCGCUGUCGUUUGGGAGACCGUCACUGAUAUCGUCUGGACCACCGUCGAUGUCACCACCACUGUCUACCCUCAGGCCGCUCACACUGCUACUGUCGUUCCUGUGGUCAAUGCCGUCCCUACCACCACUGCUGCCGCCGUUGUUCAAGCCCCUACCAAGGAGGUAGAGGAGGCUGCGCCGACCACUACCUCCUCCUCCUCCACCACUACCGCUGCCCCUAUCCCUGCCCCUACUGUUGAGGCUCCUGCCAAGCAGGUGGAGCAGGCUGCGCCCACCACCACCUCCACUGCCGCCGCCGCUCCCGCUCCCACCGUGGAGGCCGAGACCUCUACCACUCCCGCUCCCGUUGUAGAGGCUAAGAUCUCUUCUCCCGCUGCCCCUGCUGCCACCCGUUCCGCCAACACCGAGACAACCAACAUCGAGACCACUAGUAGCGGCCGCACCGGCGUCUGCUCCGAGGGCUCCCCUUGCGACGGCGAGAUUACCUUCUACGACACUGCCACCACCAGCACCAACCCCAGCUCUUGCGGCACCACCAACGAUGGUACCGUCGAGAACGUUCUCGCCCUUCCCCACGGUAUCAUGACCGACGGUGACUGCGGCAAGACCGUCACCAUCACAUACAAUGGCCAGACCGCCACUGGUAUUGUGGUCGACAAGUGCAUGGGUUGCGACGACGGCUCCGUCGAUUUGUCUCGUCACCUCUUCGGUCAGCUAGCCCCCAUGGGCAAGGGCCGUGUAGAUGGUGCCAAGUGGUACAUCCACUAA